CCUGUCUCAUCAGCUCUGACAGAUGACGUCAUCGAUCGCUCACACGCAUCAUCGCUCGCAGGCGGCUCAGUCGAGCAGCGACGUCAUCGAGCGCUUGAAGAUGGCGGAUCCGAGUGCAAAACAAACUGGACAGAAAAGUGUGAAGAUCGCGGCCGGAGCCGUCGUGUGUGUGGAGAGUGACAUCAGAGGAGACGUGACCAUCGGAGCGAGGACCGUGGUUCACCCGAAGGCGCGGAUCCUCGCUGAUGCCGGACCCAUCGUGAUCGGAGAAGGAAACCUGAUCGAGGAGCAAGCUCUGAUCAUCAACAGCUAUCCUGAAAACAUCCUUCCAGACGCAGAGGAUGUUGAACCCAAAACCAUGAGCAUCGGGAUCAAUAACGUAUUUGAAGUCGGCUGCGUGUCUCAGGCCUUAAAAAUGGGGGACAACAACGUCAUUGAAUCGAAAGCUGAGGUCGGGAGGAACGUGAUCCUGAGCAGCGGAUGCAUCGUUGGAGCGUGUUGUCAGGUGAACACAUGUGAGGUGAUUCCAGAAAACACGGUUAUCUACGGCUCUGAGUGUUUGAGACGCGUGCAGACGGAGAGACCGCAGCCUCAAACGCUGCAGCUGGAUUUCCUGAUGAAGAUAUUGCCCAAUUACCAUCAUCUGAAGAAAACAGUGAAAGGCAAUUCCACUCCGGCGAGAAGCUAAAACAUAAAAUAUAACGAGAGCAUGAACACAGAUCUGGCUUCGCUUACAGUGAUGUUUCUGUAUUUUAGUGUUGUAGGUUGUGUUGUAAGUUAUUGAUGGCACAUUAAAUCCUCUUUCAUGUGAAACUAGU